CUUUCACGUUCCAAUUCGAAUCUGGACAGCAUUAGGUGUCACGAUGGAACCCCAGGAAACACCCGCGGCUACGGCGGCGGCGCCUGCCGCGCCGAAGCACCGCUCCCAGCACGAGAGCUGGGCGUCGCCGUUGUCAGGCCGUUACGCUUCGAAAGAAAUGUCGCACCUCUUCUCCAACUCAACGCGCUUCUCCACCUGGCGUCAGCUGUGGCUUGCGCUCGCGACCGCUGAAAAGGAGCUCGGUCUGCCCAUCCCGGACGCAGCGAUCGAGGAGAUGAAAGCCAAUCUGCAGCUGGACGACCACCAGAUGAAGCUUGCAGCGGAAGAGGAAAAGAAACGGCGGCACGACGUCAUGGCGCAUGUGCACGUCUUUGGUCUCGUUGCUCCCACCGCUGCACCUUUUGUACACCUGGGUGCAACGAGCUGCUACGUGACGGACAAUGCGGACCUCAUCUUCCUGCGCAAAGGGCUCGACUUGCUGCUCCCUAAGCUGGCCAUCGUAAUCCACCGCCUGGCAGCAUUCGCGGAAAAGUACAAAGACCUGCCUACGCUCGGAUUUACGCACAUGCAACCCGCACAGCUGACUACCGUAGGGAAGCGUGCGACGCUCUGGAUCCAGGAGCUGCUUUGGGACCUGCGCAACAUUCAGCGCGCUCGGGAUGACCUCGGUUUCCGCGGUGUCAAGGGCACGACCGGGACGCAGGCCUCGUUCCUGCAGCUCUUCGACGGGGACCACGCUAAGGUGGAGGAGCUGGACGAAAAGGUGACCGCAUACUUUGGCUUUCCAUUUGCCAUGCCCGUCGCAGGGCAGACCUACUCGCGCAAGAUCGACUUUGACGUACUCGCCUCGCUCGCCUCAUUCUCGGCGACGGCGUUGAAGAUGGCGACGGACAUUCGCCUGCUGUGCCAUCUCAAGGAGGUUGAGGAGCCAUUUGAGAAGGACCAGAUCGGCAGCAGCGCCAUGGCCUACAAGCGCAAUCCGAUGCGCUCCGAGCGCGUGUGUGGACUUGCGCGGUGGCUCGGUAACACGAUUAACAGUGCCCGCGAGACGGCUGGCGGGCAGUGGAUGGAGCGCACGCUGGAUGACUCCGCCAAUCGGCGAUUGACGAUCCCAGAGUCGUUUUUGACUGCCGAUGUCAUCCUCACGCUGUUGCAGAACAUCUCAGAGGGGCUCGUCGUUUACCCGGCCAUCAUCCGCAAGCACAUCGAGGCCGAGCUCCCGUUCAUGGCGACAGAGAACAUUAUUAUGGCCAUGGUCCGCAGCGGCGGAGACAGGCAGGUCUGCCACGAGCACAUCCGCGUUCUCUCGCACCAAGCUGCGCGCGUCGUCAAGGAAGAGGGCAAGGACAACGAUCUGAUCGAACGGAUCAGGAAGGACGAGUACUUUGCUCCCAUCGCCGGCAAACUUGACCAGCUGCUCGACCCAAAGAGCUUCACUGGCCGUGCUGAGCAGCAGGUUGAGGGCUUCAUCACUAAGUGGGUCGAGCCAGCCGUUGCGCCUUACAAAGAGCACAUCGGCAACGCUUCCAAGGCGGAACUGUCCGUCUGAAUGUACCUAUAAGCACCUAGUGAUACAAAGCUUGCUCUUGG